CCCUGGAGUGACAUUACAGUCAGGAUAUCAUAAAGCACGCACUCUAACGGCACGACCAGGAACACCCGGCAUUAUCUAAAGUAAUGGAUCAAGCCUUGGAUAUAGAGCGAUGUGAUGUGGAGAGUAGGAUCAACAAUACUACUCACCACACUGACCAAAAUGGGCUUGACCGGCUGAUAGUUAGAAGGGGCCUGCCCUUCACCAUCACUUUGCACCUCAAAUCUGGGAGUCAGUUCCAAGCAGGCAUCAGCACAUUCAGGUUCAUAGCAGAGACAGGGCCGUUACCUAGAGAGCAAUCAGGCACCAAGUCUACCUUCAGCCUGACUGACACCGCAUCAAAGACAGACUGGAGUGCGUCCACUACUAGUCCCACUGGGAAUGUAGUCUCUCUGUCUGUGUCCUCCCCUCCUGAUGUCCCCAUUGGACUGUACUCCUUGACCUUGGACCAGGGCCAGAAGGUCAAACUGGGGGAGUUUGUACUGCUGUUCAAUCCCUGGUGUGCCAAGGAUGCAGUUUACAUGGAGGAAGAGAGAGACAGGCAGGAGUAUGUGUUAUCCCAGGCUGGUCUCAUCUACAAAGGCACAACGAAACGAUUCAAAGCUUCCCCAUGGACGUUUGGCCAGUUUGAGCCUGGGAUGCUGGACAUCUGUCUGAAACUCCUGGAUGAGAAUCCUAAAUACACGUUAGAUGCAGAUGCAGACUGUUCUGGAAGGAGAAACCCAGUUUAUGUGACUAGGGUGAUCAGUGCCAUGAUCAACAGUAAUGAUGACAAAGGUGUGCUAGUGGGCAACUGGUCAGGUGACUAUGAUGAUGGCGUGAGACCCUCUCACUGGACAGACAGUGUUGCCAUACUACAUCAGUGGGCUGAUAACUGCUGCCAGAGGGUUCGCUAUGGCCAGUGUUGGGUGUUUGCUGCAGUAGCAUGCACAGUUUCUCGUGCUCUGGGUGUCCCGUGUCGAGUGGUUACUAACUUUGGAUCCGCUCAUGACACAAACAGCAACCUACUGAUUGAGUUCCUGUAUGAUGAGGAUGGAAAUGAUAUAUCUGAUGAUUCAGUAUGGAACUUCCACGUGUGGGUAGAUAAUUGGAUGGCUCGUCCUGAUCUUGAAGCAGGCUAUGAUGGCUGGCAAGCAAGUGACCCCACACCACAAGAAAAGAGUGAAGGAGUGUUCUGCUGUGGCCCUGUCCCUCUGAAAGCCAUUAAAGAGGGAGAACUAACCCUGAAGUACGACGCCCCGUUUGUGUUUGCUGAGGUCAACGCUGACGUGGUGGAGUAUGUGAAGCUGACCAAUGGCAGGAUGGUAAAGAUGGGGGGAUCGUCCACGGAUGUGGGGCACUUUAUCAGCACCAAGGCUGUGGGCAGUGACGAGAGGCAUGACAUCACACACCUAUACAAGCACCCUGAAGGUUCUUUGCAGGAGAGAGAGGUCUAUGAGAGAGCCAAGCAUCACCAUGAGCUCCAGCAGAAAGGAGAGGAACCAGGCCUGAAGGUGAAGAUCAAGGUGUCCCCUGACAUGGACAUUGGGGCGGAUUUUGAUGUGUUUGCAGUCGUCACAAACAACACAGAGGCUGACAAGACGUGUCGUGUUAUGUUUUAUGCCCGGAUUGUGUCCUAUGAUGGCAAACCAGGUGCCAACUGUGGAUUCAUUGAAGACUUAACUAUGGAGGUUCCCACUGGAAAAGAGAAGCGCCUUCCCCUAAGAGUGGAGUAUGUUGACUAUGGUGACACCAUAACAUCAGAUAGGCUGAUUCAAUUGGUUCUCAUUGUCAUCGAAUCAAGUCCCAGGGAAUUCCACAAGGCAAAGAGGACCAUCGUGCUGGAGAGCCCAGAUAUAGCCAUCAAGCUCUUGGGAGAACCCAGAGUGAACCAGAAGCUGUCUGCAGAGAUCUCACUACAGAACCCUCUACCAGAACUCCUGCAGAACUGCUUCUUCAGUGUGAUGGGAGCCAGCCUCACAGAUGGAAAAAUCCUCAUACAGAAUGUUGGAAGUGUUGGUCCAAAACAGGAGGUCAAGUGCACAGUGGAAUUCACACCUACUAGCACCGGGUCCAGGACCCUAACAGUAGACUUCGACAGUGACAAGCUGAGCAACAUCAAGCAAUACUUGAACAUUGAGAUAGGAAUGAAUAAUAUAAUGGCCAAUGACACCAACACCAUUUCUUUUUAAAUGAGAUUUGCAACGUUUCAACUGCACUGCCUUGCAGUAUUUGAUGACAUCUGUACAUUUGUAUGCUGUAACACUUAGAUGAGUUCUCAUUAUUCAAGAAAUACAAAUAUAGGAUUUUUUGAAUGACCUUUUUACAUAAUUUGUGAAUGCUGUAAGUCCAUUGUUUUACAUCAGAUAGCACAACAAAUCUGUCUGCACUGAAUCAGAGACGAGUGUUGUGCAGGAGUAAAGCCACCUGUCGGAAGACGCUGGUGAAAGUCGAUAGAUUCAAAAUGUCCACCUAAAAUUAUAUAAACAGGUCCAGUGUAUCAAUGUCACAUUAGUCCGAAUAUAAACCAGUCUGCACAGCU